AUGUUCAUGCUCCGCAACUUGAGCAAAUUUGUCUUUGGCGACAGCUCUAAGGAAACCAUCGUCGAAAUCUCGCAAGGCCAGCUUUAUCUCGUCCGGCCACGAUCUGUCAAGGGCUACUCAGAGCUCAUCUUCAAGGACGCCGCCGCUACCGUUCGUCGCACGGGCCAGGAGUUUCAGUACCAGCUCGUUGUUCAGCGCGCAUACGAGGAAGGAGAGGAGGAUCUGCUAGCUGAAGAGGGAGGUGAAGACGCAGGUCUUGACGCUCUUGCAGGCGAUAAGGACGAGAAAACGUUCUUGCUCGACGAAGGCUUGCAGUUCCGUACCGACGUACGCUCAACUGGUGAGAAGAUCUUCGCUUGGCGCGACCUCAGCGGCGACGUAGACGAUCUUUGGGAGUUUGUGUGCGAUCCAUCUGUGAAGCCCGAGACUGCUGCUUUAUUCGAGCGCGUUGCCCUACAGUGCCAGUACGAACGCAAAUUUAGGAGAAGCCACGAGCACGCAACCGACGACGACCUUGAAGCCCUAGCUUACUACGAGGACUCUAUCCCAGACGCAAGCCCUGUUCCUAGUCCCACUCGCAAAGCUCUCGAACUGCCGCCUACACACGAAGAUCUGUUUCCCAACACUACAAAGGAAGUCAUGGUUAAGAAGACGACGAGCAAGGCAGCUGCCCCGCAGCAGGAGGAGGAGGCAACUGCUGCACCGCUAUCCGCUGCGCAGCCAAAGGCCUUGGACUUGUUGGCAGAAGAGAAUGCUGAGCUGCACCUUUUCGACUUCCCUACUGGUACGUUCAAGCUGCAAGACGCAAACGUGACAGCUACGGUUACCGAGAUCGGUGACUGGCAAUACUGGCUGCACAUUGUUGGUGACGAGCGCGAAUGGCUGGGCCAGCCAAUCGUCGAUGAUAUCAACCCUGUCUUCAACUACGAGUUCAAGUCGUUCAUCUUCAACCACUACCUUGAGGACGGCUCGGCUUACUCUUGGCUGUUACGGUUCAAGAACCAAGAGAACCUCGAGAGUAUCCAGAAUGGUGUCAUGCAGGCACUGUGGGAGCACCUGAAUCAGGUCAAGUGGCAGAAGGCCAAGGACACAGACCGAGAGUACGUGCUUGAGGCUUUCCAGGAUAUGACAAUGGAAGAUGCCCCGGAAGAAGAGGAAGAGGAGGACGAGGAGGAGUUCGAAGACGCGAACGAUCAGCACAGCGAGCACUACGACUCAGAUGAGUCUGAAGACGAUACAGAAACUGCGCCCAAGGACGGUGAUGAGAACUCGCAACUGGCUGUAGGCUACAAGCACGACCGUUCCUUUGUCGUCCGCGGCAACAAGAUUGGAGUGUUCAAGCACACUGCCGACAACCAACUGCAGUUCUCGACUACUAUUUCCAACAUCAUGACACCCAAGGGCAAAGCUUUCAAUCCGAACAAGGUAAUGCUUCAUCAGCAGGAUCAGGGCAUGAUUUUGCAGAAUCUCGACAACCCCAACUCGCUCUACCGAAUGGACCUUGAAACCGGUAAGGUUGUUGACGAGUGGAACAUCCACGACGAUAUCCCAGUCAAGGUCUUUGCACCUGAAAGUAAAUUUGCACAGAUGAGUGGAGAGCAGACAUUCUUGGGUCUCUCGGGCAACGCCUUGUACCGUGUCGAUCCCCGUCUGAACGGCAACAAGCUUGUCGAUGACCAGCUUAAGCAGUACGCUACCAAGAACGCUUUCUCCGCUGCCGCGACGACAGAAAAGGGCCACAUUGCCGUUGCGUCCGAAAAGGGUGAUAUUCGACUGUUCGACCGCCUCGGUAUCAAUGCAAAGACUCUCAUCCCUGCGCUCGGUGAUCCGAUUAUUGGUAUGGACGUGUCUGCCGACGGUCGAUGGGUGCUUGCUACUACGCGAACAUACCUCCUCCUUAUCGAUGCGCUGCAAAAGGGCGGCAAGAACGACGGCAAGCUUGGUUUCGAGAAGUCAUUUGCAAAGGAUGACAAGCCACAGCCCCGCCGUCUUGCUCUCACCCCGGCCCACGUUGCGCAGUUCCAGCACGAGACUAAGGCGCCGAUCUCAUUCACUACGGCGCACUUCAACACUGGUCUCGACGACACGGAGACUACGAUCAUCACAGCUACCGGACCUUUCAUCAUCACCUGGAGUAUGAAGAAGGUCCUUGCGAAUCGCCGGGACCCGUAUAACAUCAAGCGUUACGCUGAAGAGGUCAAGGCUGACAACUUCAAAUUUGGUUCAGACAAGAACCUUAUCGUCGCCCUACCCAAUGAGGUUGACAUGGUGGCGCGCCGUGCGCUUCAGAAGCCGACGCGUGAGAGCAUUGCAUUCCCUUCGCGUGUCGGCCAGUUGUCUACUCCAAGACGUGGUGGAAACCGCAGCAGCUACUUAGGUCGCGGCGAUAUCGUGAACAGCCCAUACUAG